UUCUGUGUGUAGUUGACCUGUUGGCGCCAUGGUUCCUGGGAUAAGGUACAUUGUUUUACAAAGGUUAUACAUGUGCUAACAUGUGAUGUCGGGGACGGAGGAUACAAUAUAGUCUAGUAUACGGACAAUAGUGCUGGGUAAGAAGAUGAGGAGGCGACACAUGACGUACCUGUUAGCAGGUAUUUGUGGACUGUACUUCAUGUGCAGUAUGUGGAUCAUGUAUUUAUUAGGUGACGACAAGAUGACGGUAACCAAACUGAUGGGAUAUAUACGCAAGACAACAAAUAGCUCAUCUUGUGAGGUUGUGGAUUUGUCGAAGCUCUCAUUUACGUACUCAAACGUUGCCAAGAUGACCAAUGAAGAUAGAUGGCGACACAUGUCACAUGGCACUUGUCCUCCUGAAGAUGCUUCUGUUGACAUUCAGAUGGAAAAGGAAUGGGACCGAAUUCCGAUCAAUUACCCUAACUUUGUCUUCUCUGUGAGUGGCUGGAUCCAAGUGGUCAAGGUGAAGAGUUGGAGAGUGAAACCACUGGAGAUCAUUAUAGUGCCUCAUUCCCAUCAGGAUCCAGGCUGGCUGAGGACAUUUGACCAAUAUUAUAGACUCUACACCUCAUCCACUCUGGAUCUGAUUGUGGACAAACUAACAGUUCAUCGUGACUGGACAUUCAUUUGGUCAGAUGUUGUCUGGUUGGCUAGGUGGUGGACAGAAGCAUCUGCUGACAGGAAGCUGAAGCUAAACAGGGUAUUGAGAAGUGGUCAGCUAGAAAUAGUGACAGGUGGUUGGGUAAUGACAGAUGAGGCUACCACUCACUAUGCAGCCAUGCUUUCCCAGCUCACUGAAGGUCACCAGUGGUUGCAGAAAAAUCUAGGUAUCACACCAAAUAUCAGCUGGGCUAUUGACCCAUUUGGUCACUCCACAACAAUGACCUACUUACUACAACGAUCAAACCUCCAGAAAAUGGUUAUCCAGAGAGUUAGUUAUGCAGUCAAGCAACAUUUGGCAUCAGAGAAAAACCUGGAGUUUUACUGGACACAGGCCUGGGACCAGACACAUACCACUGCCAGUCUAUGUCACAUGAUGCCCUUCCUGUCCUAUGCUGUACCAUUUUCCUGUGGCCCUGAUCCUCAAAUCUGCUGCAAAUUAGAUUUCAUCAGAAACAAGUGUUACUAUGGAAUGCAAGCAGUGCCACCCAUUCGUGUUGAUGACAGCAAUGUGGCUUAUCUUGCAGAACAACUGUGGGAGGAGUUCCAGAAGAAGGCAGAGUUGUAUAAACAUGGCGUUUUACUAGUUCCUCAUGGUGACGACUUCUACUACAGUGAUGCUACAGAGUGGGACAAACAGUUUGGUAACCUCACCAAACUCAUCAACUACAUUAACACAAACCCUCAGAUGAAGACAAAGAUAAGAUUCGGAACACUGAGUGAUUAUUUUACCGCAGUGGAAAAGAGAUCAGCACUUAAUAUACCUACACUGGCCGGAGACUUCUUUACCUAUACUGACCGUUCUGACCAGUACUGGAGUGGCUACUACACAUCCAGGCCACACCUUAAACACAUGUCUCGCAAACUCCAAGCCAUUCUCAGGUCAGUGGAAAUUCUGUUUUCUCUGUGUCUUGCCCAGGCAAUACACACAAGAACAAUUGAACACAUAGUAGAAAUACUGAAAGAUUCUACCAAGCUCCAGUCCUACAGACAGACAUUGUCUUUGUUUCAACACCAUGACGCCAUUACUGGAACUUCAAAAAGAAAAGUUGUUAGAGAUUAUGGAGACAGAUUGCAGAGUGCUUUUGAUGGUCUUUCUACUUCACUUGGUUCACUGAUGGCAAACAUGCUUAAUGCCAAGGACCAUGUUAAUCCUGUAGAAGUGCAUUUGAUGAGUGAAUGGACUAGCUAUGACAAGCUUCUGACAAGGAAAACUAUUGUAAUAGACGGGUCUCAGAACAUGUACCAGGUCCAUAUCGUGGUGUACAACAGUCUCCCACAUAGGAGAAAAGAUGUGGUGGUGUUACGUGUUACAGAGCCAAAGGUCAAGGUCAUGGACCGGAGCACACAUCAAUACUUAUCCUGUCAGGUCAAUCCUGUGUGGAGUACCAAAGGCACACUUCAACUGGAUGUUUAUGAGCUGGUAUUUGAAGUAGAUUUACCUCCCCUGUCAAUCAGAACCUUUGCCUUGAUAAGUGAUAGUGAUUAUCUCCCGACUAUGGCUACACUUUCAGUGCCACUGUCACAAAUGCCAGAUUUCAGUGACAGUGAUAGCCCAGACUUCACCUUAUCAGUUAUAAAGGAUGUGUUAUUCACCAUAGAGAAUUCAUACCUGUUGGCAUCGUUUUCUACCUGUACAGGGAAACUGCAGUAUAUCACAAGAAAAUCUGAUGGGCAAACAUUGAGGUCAGAGGUCAAGUUCAUGACUUAUGGAACAGGAUCAAAGUAUAAUGUCUUCCAAGAUAAAAGUGGGGCGUACACCUUUCAACCUGAUGGACCAGCAAAGCCUGUCCUUGAUGGCAGUGUAAAGGUUUACGUAGUGGAAGGUCCUAUUAUGUCCAAGGUUUUAGCUGUGCAGUCUGGCAUUGUUCACACCACAACUCUUCACAAAGAAUCUGCUGGUGUAUAUGUGGACAAUGUGGUGGACAUGAGAGACGGUCAGUGGAACAACACUGAGCUGGUGUUACGACUGGACACAACAGUGGUGGACCCUGAUAACAGACUCUGUGUGGACCUCAACGGGUUCCAGAUGCACAAAAGGAAAACAAGAAAGAAACUGAAAAUCCAAGGAAACUUUUAUCCAAUGACAUCAAUGUCUGUGAUAGAAACAGUGGAGGAGAGAUUGACCAUGCUGACCUCAGCAGCACACGGAGUGGCUAGUCUACGACCAGGUGAACUGGAGGUGGUCCUGGAUAGAAAGCUCCUACAGGGCGACUGGAGGGGUCUUAAUGAGGGUGUUACUGACAAUGUCCCCACACACAGUCAGUUUGUAUUGCUGUUUGAGAGACGUCAUAAAUCAGCCAUCAAGGAGGACUCACUAAUGUGCUACCCUUCCCCCAUGGCUAUGGUGUUGUCUGAUAUCUUGGAACAACCACUCGACAUACUGAUUUCCGGUAAACAAUCUGAUCCAGCUCAGCUGCUGAAGGAAGGGCUAGACCUACCCUUUCCACCUUUUCCAAAUCACACCCACUUGGUAUCAUUGAGAAGUUUGUAUACAGAAGACGGUAACCGGUCACAUGCCCUACUGCUGAUUCACCGGAGGGUAACAGACUGUGGAUUUUUGUGUCUGGACUGGCAGUGUCCUUCUCAGUCAUCAGAUGUAAUUGAUCUGACAACAAAUUCCAAAUCCAUAUACAUUGAGUCAUUAGAAGAAACAAGUCUAACUGGGGUCAAGGUUAUACAGAAGGUCAAUGAUAUGAGAGUUAGUGUACCUCCCAUGGAAAUCAAUGCCUACAGAAUCACCUUUACAUAGUGUAGAUAGGAGGACUAAUUCUCAGACUGUUCGAUUCACUGUCAACAAGAGGCCAUACAACGAUUCAUAAAAUUUUCAUUGUCAACAGAAUGCAUACAUCUACAGCACAUUUACAAUCUUCUGUGUUCAGGAUGUUAGCUUCAAACAUCCCUUUUUCAUAAUACAUGCUAUAAGUUAUUAUCAUUGUGCUUGGGGUAGUGAUAUAGAUCAAGUACAAGUAUAAGACAAUUAAUAUUUCAGUGCUAGGAAAAAGUACCUGGUUGCUGAAGAUAUACUUUUAGUUUAACCAAUAGUUGACAUUAUAGAACCAUCAUAUUGACAGAUUCUUACAUCAAAGUCAAUUGUGUCCAAAAUUGUUAAGAGCUCUGUUGACCAUUGUACUUGUCCAUACAGAUAAACUUGCACUUGGCAGCUGAUUAGAAUAUAUCUUGAUUGUGAUUUUGUAAAAAAUCACAUUUUAGACAUAUUCAAAAUAAUACUUCAUUUUAUAUUUAAUAAAUUUUGAUGAUUUUUUAAGGAAACUUAAAUAGCAAUAGGCACACCAAAAUUGGAAAUGCCAAGCAUUACGGAUGGGGUGAAAAUGGGUAAAAUUGGAUGAAAUUUUAAUUACUUCUUCUCUAUACCUUGAAUUCAGAUAAUCAAAAUGAGUAUUAUUCACGGAAGGAAAGAUUUUAAAGAUGCAUUUCAAAUCAAAAUUGUUGAUUUUGUCACACCGUAGUUGACAUUUUCCUUAUACCCAGCAAUUCAAAUAGAUUGCAUUUUUAAAAAUUUUCAAUGGGAAAUAAUCGCUUUGGUUAUAUUAUCAUGUACUUGGUAUCUGGUAACGAGAGUCUGAUGGUAUGAAAAUUAAGAGAGAAAGAGUUGAGAAUGUGUUGAACAAAACUUUUACAUUGGGUUUUAUUAGGUGUUGUAAUUCAUUCCACACUGAAUGGUUUAAUUGUUUGUACAUGUAUAUGUACAUUGUUAUACCUUUAAUUCUCAGCAUCACUUUGUGAAGAAUUCAUUGAUCUUGCCUCAUAUAUAUACAAUUAUUAUUUUUUAUCAUGUCAUGGAAUAAAUAACUAUAUUACCCAGCAGGUGAUCAUGACUGCAUUUUAAUUAUGUGAUGGGAUUGUAAAAACUAGUCAAUAUACACCAAAAUAGGUACUUUUGUAGCAGUAAUGCAAUAGGACUUAAAAUAGUGUACCGACAGGUAAUUAUAUAAGGAUCCCCUUCCUAUUGUCGGGACUGUAUAAAACACAUCUAAUGUCAUAAAUUACCCUGUUUAUUCCAUGUCCGUAAUUUUUUAUUUGAAAUGAUCAAUAUAAAGUGGUUUUAUCCUGUUAGAUGUUUUUGACUUUUUUUGCAUUUUUUACUCAACUUUUAUCCACAAGGCAUAAUUUUUUUACGAAUAAGUUAUUUUUACCCUUUGGCUAAUUAUAAUUUAUCCUCUAACAUUUUCUAGGGACUCGUCCUGUAUUUUUAAUUUAUUAACAUGAACCUGAACACUUCUAUGUAUAACUUGUUUAUUUAAGUUUUACUCUAAGCAUCUUGUUCUAUAAAUUAAACCUUUUUACAAACUGUAUAUGAUGUAUAUUGUAUAUUUAAGACGGGAAAUGGUACAUUUACUUUAACAUUUCAUGUGAUAUUUUGCAUGUUAGUUGGUAUCAAAAUUAUUUAUUUAAAUUAUUGAUCAAAUUCAUCAAUUUCAUGUUUCACAUUUAUGCAUUAUGUGUAUUAUAGAUAACGAAUCCUUAACAUUCACUGUUCCUAGCAUCCAUCAGAUAUCAUGUUGUUUAUAAAUAUUCGUAACGCGUGUUCUCUGUUCCUAAAGUCCAUCAGACAUCAUGUCCUACACUCUAAGGUUUACAUUCACUGUUCCUAGCAUCCAUCAGAUAUCAUGUCCUUUACACAAUUUUAUACAUUCACUGUUCCUAGCAUCCAUCAGAUAUCAUGUCCUUUACACAAUUAUAUACAUUCACUGUUCCUAGCGUCCAUCAGAUAUCGUGUCCUUUACACAAUUAUAUACAUUCUCUUUUCCUAGCGUCCAUCAGAUAUUAUGUCAUUUACACAAAUUUUUGUGUUCUCUGUUCCUCGCGUCCCUAGACAUCAUGUCCUUUACACAAACAUUUGUGUUUACACAGUUCCUAGCGUCCAUCACACAUGAUGUCCUACAUUCUAAGGUUUACAUUCACAGUUCCUAGCGUCCAUCAGACAUCUGUUCCUUUACACAAAUAUUCGUGUUCACUUUUCCUAUUAUCCAUCCAAUGUCAUAUGUCCCAUACACAAACAUUUACAUUCACUAUAAAGCGUUGUCCGUCACAGUGAUGUUCUGUACAUAUAUCCAUAUACCUCAUAUCUACUGUAUGCAAUGUCAUGCCUAACUUUUGACAAUUUGUCUUUCCAAUUGUUAUAAUAUCUUACAAUUGCCUUAACAAUAUGUAUUAACUAUUAAAAUGAUUGAUUGAUCAGCAUUCUUCAUUGAUAGAGUACAUGUUUCAAUUUAUAAACAUUGUUUAUAUUUUUUUUUCUUUCUUUUAAAUAAAAUUUGUUGAAAAUUAA